AUGACAGAUGAGUUUCUGUUUCAAGACAGUAAGAACCAUACUGUUUGUAUAAAUCCAACAAAAAGAACUUUAAACGAGAAACCUAUAGAUGAACUUCUUUUGAAGGCAGAUGUUAACAACAAAGCUGACAAAGAGUAUGUCAUUGAAAAAGUUCAAGAAGAACAUGACAGAGCAGAUGCAACAUAUGCAACAAAAGAGGAUGUUGAAAAGAAAGCUGACAAAGAGUAUGUUGACGAUGAGUUAGCAUAUCUGGCUAGUGGGUUAGUGAAGAAGGCAGAUAAGGAAUAUGUGGAUGAAAAAGACAAUGAAAUUAUAAAAAGGGUUGAAUGGUACCAUGAACGGACAUCGAAGAUUUUAGAAGGUAAAGCCAAUACAGGGUGGGUUUCAGGAUGUUUAGACCUUAAAGCCGACAAAGAAACUGUAGAUAUGUUGGCACAAACGGUUUCAAGUCAUACCAGAGGUUUAAUGGAAGAUGGACAACAGUUGAAAGAGCUUGAGAAAGGUGUUACAGAGUUAAGGAAUACAAAAGCAGACUCGACAUGGAUAAAAGGAUAUGUAGAUGCAACAAAAGAAC